ACUGUUUACUACUCCAGAAGGAACCCUCCGGAAGAUAUUCCCAAGAGAUCUAAAGCUCUCAAAAGAGCAUCAUUCCACGGUCAGUUCCUUUGCUCCGUGCCCUGUUUUCUCGUCGGAAAAACAUAGACAAGGAAGAUAUGCCGCUGCAUAGAGGUGUACAGGAUGCAGGAGUUCAAGGUUAACCAUACACAGGAAGCGAACUUGGCGUUGGAUGUGCCAUCUCUUGCCCUGGAGCUAGCCAGUGGUACCGGAAAGAUUCCUGUUGCAACUCUCGAUCGAUUCAGAACGUUUUUAGGUCCGUUAGUCGUAGCCGAGAGAGCGACACGUUGGCAUCGGGACCCGGACCGCAUCUGAAAACUCCCCACAGAUAUCCUGGAGUCGUCUGCGGUGUUGGAUUCUUCAGAAAACAGACAACAGAUUGAUCGUCACGCCCGAGGUAUAAAAGGAGCACAGAAUGGUGUCGCUGAAGCACCUCUCCCUUGGGGUGCUGAUUCUCCAGACAACAUCGCUGGUCCUCACGAUGCGGUACUCCAGGACCGCCGAGACGAGGGGACCACGGUACCUGUCGUCCACUGCCGUGGUGGUGGCUGAAGUCAUGAAGAUAGCUGCCUGCAUAGUGCUGGUCUUCUUCGAACAGGGUAUGAGUAUGUCUCGACUGGGGUCUACUUUACGUCAGGAGCUGGUAGGAAAACCCUUUGAGACGCUGAAACUGGCUGUGCCCUCCAUCUUGUACACACUGCAGAAUAACCUGCUGUAUGUGGCACUGUCUAACCUAGAUGCUGCAACCUAUCAAGUGACGUAUCAGCUGAAGAUCCUGACCACAGCACUGUUCAGUGUGGCCAUGUUGGGUAGAAGACUGGAGAUGUCUAAGUGGGUGGCACUGGUGUUACUCAUGACAGGUGUAGCACUAGUACAGAUGCCAGCAGAAGCCAAACCAGAAGGAACUAAGACCCACUCGCUGGGCAGCCAGGUGGUGGGCCUGCUGUCGGUGCUGACUGCCUGCUGCACAAGUGCUUUUGCAGGCGUCUACUUUGAAAAGAUCCUCAAGGGUUCCAGGCCAUCUCUUUGGGUCAGGAAUAUACAGUUAGGUCUGUUUGGUGCCAUAUUUGGGUUGUUUGCGGUAGUGAUGUCUGAUUAUGAGCUGGUGGUGGAACUUGGCUUUCUGCAGGGGUACAACAGUAUAACAUGGACAGUUGUGUCAUUACAGGCUUUUGGAGGACUGGUAAUAGCAGCUGUGAUUAAAUAUGCUGACAACAUCCUUAAAGGGUUCGCCACGUCGCUGUCCAUCAUCCUGUCAACUGUCAUGUCAUACUACAUACUGGACGACUUCAGGCCAUCUAGUCACUUCUUCAUCGGAGCUUCAAUAGUGAUUUGUGCGACCUUCCUGUACAGCAGAGAGGUCAAGGUCAACAUCGCCCCUAUCAUACCCCUGAUAGCAAAGGAGUCUCAGCAGUAACACCUGGAGAUGGAGUGUGCAGCAAUGGGUUCAGGAAUGAAAAUUUGUAUGUACAGUGGUAGAAGUUGGGAGACAUACUGUAAAUGCAGGAAAUUUUGCGGUGGUAUAAUGUUCGCGGUUUUUGCGGUGGCAGCUUCACCGCGAACUUAAAACCACCACGAACAUUUUUCCAUGGCACUAAUUAUACAAGACUACAGUGCAUGGUGCUACCGCGAACUUAAAACCACCGCGAAAAGUCCUUUUUCCCACUACCCCGCAAACUUAAAUGCAUUUACAGUAAUUCUUCCUUUCUGCUCUCACAUUAUGUGUGUCAAGUCAUGGUCAUCUAUGCAAGGUAGAUGACAGGACUUUCGACUAGAGUUUUUACUCGUCAGAUUGAGGUAGAGUAUAUUAACAUCUCUGACUUAUGCAUAUUAGAGAAGAUGUUGCUGCCAACAUUGCCUAUAACUUCUCAGUUUGUUUAUUUCAGUUCAUUUCCAUACACCCUUAAUUAAAUUCCUUAGAUGACAGUAACUGUGAAUAAGGUAGCAAGAUUAUAGAUAUUUUUGGAAUAGAAUGAACUCCCAUAGCAGAGUUAUGGAGAGAAAAUAUAUAGUUGACUUAUACCACAUCAUUCUUUGGUCUGAUAUUUAUUCAAGUCUGUAACAUACAUGUAGCUAUGUGCAGUUGUUCAUUACAGUUGUCAGUAACGAUGUUUGCUUGACAUGUAAGCAUUAAAUUUUUACAUAUUUUAUCUUUUGCACAAGCAGAAAACAGCAGACAGUGCAAUAUAUUUGAAAAUGCUAGUUUUUUUUUUUUACAGUUUGGUUCAGAAAAAAGA